UUACGGUGCACCAGCAAUAGUCACAGCUGUCCUGAGCCCAGGCUUUAGAGAGCAGGAAGGAGCCGCGUGCGCGCUGGCGAGGGGACGGCGGGGAGCGCGCGCGCGCCGCACACAGCAGGGUGGCAGGAGAGAGAGAGAGAGAGAGAGCGCGCGCGCGCGCGCGGCGGCGGCGGCUCGGGAGCGCGCGUGUGCCGCUCAGGGAGGGGAGCGGGGUCUGCGCGAGUCGGCGGCGGGCGGCGCUGGGCUCGCGGCAGGGCGAGAGAGAGAGAGCGCGAGCGAGCGAGCGAGCGGGGUGGGGGCGGGAGGAGGGGAUGAGCUCUUGGUUCCCCCUGGCCAGAGAGCCGCUCUCCGCAGCUGCCUGUGAAUGAACUGAAGCGAGGCCGCCGGCCCGCCGGCCCAGCCCCGCCGCGGAUCCCUCCCUACCCCGGCCCGCUCGGAGCGCGGAGCGCGGCCCUGCCCCCCCUGCGCUCCCCGGAGAGCCGGUGCCUUUGGCCGCCGCCGCGGGAUUUCUGCAAACAUGUCAAAGAACUGAAGGAACAAGUCAUCAUGGGAGCAUUUUUAGACAAGCCAAAGAUGGAGAAGCAUAAUGCCCAAGGGCAGGGUAAUGGGCUACGUUAUGGGCUAAGUAGUAUGCAAGGUUGGCGAGUUGAGAUGGAGGAUGCACAUACAGCUGUUAUUGGUUUGCCAAAUGGACUUGAUGGAUGGUCAUUUUUUGCUGUAUAUGAUGGGCAUGCUGGAUCCCAGGUUGCCAAAUACUGCUGUGAGCAUUUAUUAGAUCACAUCACAAGCAACCAGGAUUUUAAAGGGUCCGAUGGACCACCCUCUGUGGAAAGUGUAAAGAAUGGAAUCAGAACAGGUUUUCUGCAAAUUGAUGAACAUAUGAGAGUAAUCUCUGAGAAGAAACAUGGUGCAGAUAGAAGCGGGUCAACAGCGGUGGGUGUCAUGAUUUCUCCUCAACACACUUACUUCAUCAACUGUGGAGACUCAAGAGGUUUACUUUGUAGAAACAGGAAGGUUCACUUCUUCACACAAGAUCACAAACCAAGUAAUCCACUGGAGAAAGAGCGUAUACAGAAUGCAGGUGGUUCUGUAAUGAUUCAACGUGUGAAUGGCUCUCUUGCUGUGUCUAGAGCUCUUGGGGACUUUGAUUACAAAUGUGUCCAUGGGAAAGGCCCUACAGAGCAGCUUGUCUCACCUGAGCCUGAAGUUUACGAAAUUGAGAGAUCAGAAGAAGAUGAUCAGUUUAUCAUACUGGCUUGUGAUGGUAUCUGGGAUGUUAUGGGAAAUGAAGAGCUCUGUGACUUUGUAAGAUCCAGACUCGAAGUCACUGAUGACCUUGAGAAAGUUUGCAAUGAGAUAGUCGACACCUGCUUGUACAAGGGAAGUCGAGACAACAUGAGUGUGAUUUUGAUCUGUUUUCCAAGUGCACCAAAGGUAUUGCCAGAGGCGGUGAAGAGAGAGGCAGAGUUGGACAAGUACCUGGAAAGCAGAGUAGAAGAGAUCAUAAAGAAGCAGGGUGAAGGAGUACCAGACUUAGUCCACGUGAUGCGUACGUUAGCAACUGAGAGCAUCCCAAACCUCCCGCCAGGGGGUGAAUUGGCAAGCAAACGGAGUGUGAUUGAAGCUGUUUAUAACAGACUGAACCCCUAUAGAAAUGAUGAUGCUUCUGGAUUAUCCAGAAACUGCUGUAAUUUUGGGCACUCCAGACUUUAAAGGGUUCCUUCUUUUUUCUCUAUUAAGGACUCCGCAUCAACUGAUGAUAUGUGGUAAAACUGCCCAUCUAGCUGUGGAGUUUACAUUCAUCCUCCAGUUGAAAGUGCAGCCCAACCUCAGUGACCCUUCUUAACGUCCAUCCUCAACCUUAUUUAAAGAAGGGAUUAUGAUGUGUUGGUGAGAGUGACUACACCAGAAAACUACAGCAGUACGACAUCUAGCCCAGGAACUGAUGUUUUUUUUUGUAAAACAGACUUCUGUAAACGUGAUUUCAAACCAUAAUUCAUGUUGUAAAUCAGACUCCAGCAAUUUAUGUUGUAUGAUUUUGUUUUUGUAAAGUGCAAUUGUCCUUGUACAAAAUGCUCAUAUUUAAUUAUGAAUUGCUUUAAAUCACUAUAAAGGUUAGAAGAAAUGUUUGGCUUGUUGUGUGAUGCAACAAAUAUAUAGCCCUUUAAAUUUAUGUUGUGGUUUUGGAUUGCAAGGAGCAGCAGCCUAGCCAGCUAGAUGCUCAAGAGGUGCACAAAACUGUAAGAUUACUUUUUAUUUUAUAUAUAAAGAUGAACAUUCGGACAAUUUAUCCCAACUGUAGUAUAUGAAUUUGCUUGGCAGUGGGGAAAAAUAACUAACAUACUGCUCGUUCUCCAACAAACCUAUCUUUUUAUGUUUUCUAUUGCUAUUUACUAUGGUCCCAGUCCUGCUACCACUUUAAAUCAAUGAGGGUUUCGGCUGUGACUUCAGGGGAAGCAGGAUCGUGCUGUAUAAUACAGAUCAAUCAUAAGUAUAUGAAUUUUGAGGUUAGAAUGCCUUGAUUCUUUGCACCUCUUUUUUACAAACCCUUAUCCAAAAUUACUAAUCACUUGAGCAAGAGGGAGCAACUUUCUACAUACAGUAGGAGUCUGCAGCAUUUUUACUAUCCUGAUUGGCUGAGUCUGCUGCUGUUCCAAGUAAAAUAUUCUGAAUUCCAUUUUAUCAAUAAAGCUUGAUUUAACAAACAAGACACUUAAUCUUAUAUGUGUAAUUCCUCUUUUUUUCCUGCCUUUUGAAAUUCUGUGCCAUUGUAAAUGAGAUUUCACAUGUGAAAAAAUAUUUUUAAUAAUUGGUAGCCCAUUUUUAAAAUGGGGAGAACUUUGACUGUUGCCCAAGGCAUAGACAGACACUGGAACAUGUAGUGGGUUUAAUCUGUUACUCUGUUUUACAUGGAUUUAUUUCAGGCUUUUUGUUUUUCACUGAGAUGAGUAUCAGUUUGAAUUUGCCUACUGUUUAAUGAAAAUACAUUUGUCAAAGCCUGACAAUCUUAACAUUUUAUGGCAUGUGUGUUUUUAAUUGACCCACUUAUUUAGAAUGAGAAACUAGUGGUUAAACAGUAUUUGUGAUUUGAAAUAUAGCAUGUUGACUAUGUAACUGGUCAUUAAAAUUAAAUUCUAAAUUAAAAAUUUAUAAGGGUAAUAAACAUAAACUAAAUUGAUUUAAGCUUAACUUUCUCCCAUUGAACAUACAAAAAGUAAGUUUUCAAAUCAGUCGUGUUUGCAAAACUACUGUUUUGUGCACCUUGUAUUCUUGUCGUCUUAGGUUGAGGAUAUUGUGUUUGUUGUUAAUAUUUAGUUUACUUUAAUCAUUCAGUAGGCAGAGUCCCCAAAAGGAAAAUCAGUAAAAUAUAAGUAGCUUGUAACACUUACCACAACUAAACAAAAAAUCAAAACUUGGUGUAAAAUUACUUUUUGAUAGGAAAAUGUAGUACAAUGCGUUUUGCUAUAUUUGUCUUUUCCCUAACUUUGAAAUAUACAUAUUUGUAUAUAUAGCCUUAAAACUAAUGCAGAGUUAGGGAACUUUGAACAGUGAAAAAGUAACUUAUAGUGUCUCAGAAUUAAGUAUAGUAUAUACCAGCAAAAUCUUUCUUUUAUCCCUCUUGUUUAUGUGGGGUGCUUAAACAAACGUAACUUCAUUGUAUUCAGUUUGUAAUCUGUUCAAGCAUGAAUGAAGAAACCAUAAGCACUAUUUGUAUUUAUAAAUUUAUAGCAAUUUUUGGUUAAAGAACCAAUUCCUUACCUACCUACAAAUAAAUGCUUAAAAUGUCUAA